AUGAAAAAAUUCUUUUCAAAAUUAUUGUGUCAAUGCAAUAGUGAUGAUCAUCAUCCAAAUGAUCAUGAUAAAUAAUAGAUUUCAGAUACCAACGGGAGUUCAAUUAUUGUUCAAAAUCAUUAUUUAUAAACCUCAAAUCUAUAAAGAAAUUCAAGCUUAUAGGUAUUACUUUCUUAAAUUUCUCAUGACGAUUUUGAAUUUCAAACCAAUUUAUAACAAAAACUAUUAUUCAUUUGCAAGAAAACUCAGAAAUAAUUCACUUAUCAAGAGGAUGACUAUAAAGUUAACCAUAAGAACAUUUUUGAUUUAUAUUAUUAGAAGACAAUCAAAUAUGAUCUAAAUUUAAGAUAUAUAGCACCUCAUUAGCUUUGUAAAUAUAUAGCUAAAAGAUGUAUUGAAACUGAUUAUAUGCUCGAAAUUAAUUCAUAAUUUAAUCAGCAUUCAAUAUAAGUAGAUUGUUUUACUAUCUUUUUAGUUUGCCAUUGCCGGAAUAUUCGUUAUUUCUAUUGAAACAAACACUAAAAAUGCAACUUUAGGUUACCAGAAUGUUGUUUAAUAUGAUUUACAAAAUAAAAUUGACAUCAUAAAUGGGGAAUUCACAUAAUUAGGAGGAACAUUUGAGUCAAAUGAUGGUAUCUUUAUCAAUCUAUGCAACUAUGAAAAACUAAAAUAGGGAGAUCAUUUUACAAAAACUAUUUAGAAGUGUUUCGCAAGUAAUCCUAACAUUAUUAUCAUCACGAAUCAAAAAAAGACAAAUUUUUUAUAUAAUGCAAUAAACGAUUUUGUUUAUUUUGAGAGUCAGAAGAUCAUAAUAAAUGAUGUCCACAUUUUCACUAUUUAUUAUUUUGGAAAAUAUUGCAAUAUUCAGUAAUAAGAAUUAAUUGAAGAAAUCUAGAAGAUAUUUCCUUAUAAUUCUAACUAAUAGUAUGAUUUAAGUGCAUCUAUCAGAAAUAUUUUGAUUGAAUUAUUUUAAACUGUUAAUUGCUCAAAAAUACUCUCUGUACUUUUAUUAACCUUAAAUUAAAUUAAUGAUAAAUCAGAAAUAUUUAAUAUCUUUCUAAAGGAACUAGAAAAGCAAAAGAUUUUUUCGUAAGAGAGAUUAAAGCAAGUAAUAAUAUAAUCUACUUAGAUUUAUAUUUAAGGAGCCACCUCACCCAGUACAAUUAAAUAUCACAAUCAUCCAAGUUCAGUGAAUAGAAUUAUUCAAGGUAAAGAAUUAUAGUUAUUAUUAAUAGAAGCUUCAUAAUCAUAGUCUUAAAGUUAAGCAUCGUUUAAUAUUAUGCUUCCUUCUUAGUUAAGAAAUUCUGGAUAUAGUUCAUUCGAAUAGUAAGCCUAAUCAGCAAAAUUUAAGGAUGAAUGA